UUGAGUUAGAAAGAGAAACCCACUUGUAGAAAUUUAAUUCAAAAAAUAAAAACAACAAAGAAAUGUUUGAUACGCUUUCUCUACUUGGCCCAUAUUCCAUUUCCAUUAUCAACCUCACAACACCACAAACACAAACAUAACAACUCAAACACAACACAACACAUUUCUUCAUAUCUUCUUCUAUUCCUCUCUCUCUAUUAUUCUCUCUUCAUAAAUUUUUAUGGCUCAAAGAACAGAAAAUGAAGAAACCGAAUUUAAGGUGGUUUCAGAAACCCUUCAACAAACAACAACAAUAAUAAAUCUUUGUAUCAAAAACUGCGGUGUUGUCGGAAACCCUUCAACAAACAACAUGUGUCAAAAUUGUUUCACAGCAUCAACGACAAUCUUACCACCUUCAUCUUCUAGAUCUGUUCGGUCUCCGAAGAGAUCUCGUCAAGAAUCAUCAUCAUCAUCAGAAGAAGAAGGGUCAACGGAUCAUGAUUUGGUUGAUGAAAAAACGGUUUCUGAGGUGAAGAGGGUUGUUAGUAGAUGCUCCGGUUGUCGGAGAAAGGUUGGGUUGGCUGGAUUUCGAUGUAGAUGUGGGGAGUUGUUUUGUGCAGAUCAUCGAUACUCUGAUCGACAUGAUUGUGGGUAUGAUUAUAAGAAGGUUGGUAGAGAAGAGAUUGCAAGGGAGAAUCCUGUUAUCAGAGCUGCGAAAAUUGUGAAGGUGUGAAAAGCAAAAAUUCAAAAUCGAAGAUGAAGAUGAAGAAGAAAGAAAGAUUUGAAAUGUGAAAACGGGUCAACAGACCCGGUUCUGGUUGAUCGGGUUCGGGUUACACGUGUUUGUUUUAUUUUUACUUUCGGAUUUUAUUUAUAUAAAUAUAAAUAGGAUGUUAAUUGUUAGUUUUAAGAUAGAUUUUAAGAGGUUGUGUGUAAUGUUUAGAGAGAGAGAGAGGGAUUGUUAUUUGUAACAGAAAAAGAAUGAAGAAGAUGAAUUGUUAUGUGUUUGAUCAUAUGCUUUGAUCAUUUCAGAUUUUUGUCUUUUUUUAGUAUGAACUUUGAAAUGAUAA